GCCACGUUGGUGAGCGCUAUGGGCCCAUGUAAUUAGGCAUGCGGAGAUUGCAGUUACUUUCAAAUGAUUGCGGGGUUAAGAAGACCUAAUAAAGGCCGGCGUUAGCUUUGAGCUUGUGUAGUGGCCUCUCUGUUUUUCACUGUGAGUGAUUUUAAAUGGAGUGUUGGCUUCAUGACCAGAGGCCCGUCAAUGGUGAAAGAAACAUUGAGAUUAGCUCCUUUGCUGAGAGACAGGCUUGGGUCAAGGCGCAACUGCUCGGCAGCUUGGAAAGUUGCGCACAUUUGGAGCAGCGAUUUUGGCCAUGCGACCAGCUGCUUCUAAACCAGGAGGAUCUUUAUGGUGCUGGUCAGAACAGUACAGCGGUUUCGAGCUGGGAACCGGAUGGAGCUUUUAACUUUGGCACCAGCAAUUUUAAUGGAGAGGAGUCGCAACCGUUAGGGUUUGAGUUCGGGAGCCUCCCGAUUCAAAUGCAAGGGUUCAACGAUUUUCAGUUCUUUUCUCAAGAUGAAAAUUUUGGCUUUGCGGAGCUCAACUUCCCAGCCUGGCAGACUCAGCCAAGCGGUCAAAGAACAGCUUCCGCCGAGCUGCCGAGGAACAGCUCCUUUUAUACGCUGGAAGACGUGAUGAAGAAGCUCCCCCGCGUUGAUCCUCUGUUUAUUCCUAGCCCGCCGAUGAGCCUCAGUAUUCCUCCUUCCCCGCAGUUUUCUUCUGAUACGAGCUUGUCUUCAUGCCAAUCGUUUUCCGGUAGGGUUUCAUGCCCGCCGCCGCCGUUACAGCCGAGCGAGGGGGAGACAGAGCAUUUGAAUCAGCUGAUACAGUCGCAGACCUGCCGUAAGCCGCCGUAUGCUUCCGUAGAGCCACCAAGCGUCGCGGCUCGUCACAGGAGAAACAAAAUCCGUGAAAAGAUUAGUUCUUUGGAGAAACUGAUACCCCAGGGUUCGAAACUCGACACGGCCAGAAUGCUGGAUGAGGCGAUCAAGUAUAUCAAAUUCCUGCAAGCACAAUUUGAUGUUUUGGAAUCCAUGCCUCCCGUCGAUUCAGAGCCACAUCUGAAAUCAAACCCUAAGAUUGCCGAUGAUAAUGUCAAUAUUUAUCUGAAGCCAAAUUUUAAUGGCCGAAAUGCUUUGGCGAUGCAGAGAUCAGGUUCUGCUUCUGCUUCACCAAAGAAGCUAUCUACUGACCAGAUGCUUCACAGCUUACUGAGUUCGUCUAGAAUUCAAAAGAAGCUCUUCAGCGAGGGGAAAGUCAUCGUUACGGUGCAGCAGAAGGAAAUGCUUGCAUCUAAACGGCCUGAUCUAGCAGGUGAUUUUUCCAAUUUUUUCUUCGACUAAUAAAUAUUUAAGCUUCUUAAUUUUGUCCAUAGCUCCUCUGAAAUUGGUCAGGAGCUUCAUAUUGUAAUGUCAGCACUGUAACUCUUCUCGUACGUGCCUGGAGGUGUGAAGUUUCGUUCGUCGCCUAUUUUGAAAAUUUGGCAGAACAAAAUUUUGAUGUCGGAAAAUGUUGCGAUAAUUUUCCUGGCUAAGACUGCAAUAAUCUGUUUGAAUUAAAUUGUCAACGUAUUCUAUCGACGAAUUUUUUAAAAACAUAAUGUAGUUGUUUGGAUAUUUGCUUUUCAUGUCAAUAUAAGUAUCUUUUUCAGAUGUAUAACAGCGAAGUCACCUUGAUAAUGAUGUAUAAGAAUGAAGCCACCUUGGAAAUUGACAAUUUAAAUACUUUUAUUGAAGGGCAAGAUUCUUUUAAAGUACAAAUUUGUUACAGAGAUUAUGCUCUAUUCUGAAUGUACUAUCCUUGGGUUUGAUUUGAGACGUUAUAAAAAAUCUCUCAUUUUAUUGUAGUUAAAAAAAAUUCUUCCUUCGUGGAACGAAUAGAAUCGAGUGAUGUUAUUGUAGACGCAAUGCUCCGGGACUACGGACGACUUCUGGCCAAACUAAUUAAUGUGCUCCUGGCAGAACUGAUUAUUGUGCUUUAUUUAAAAUUCAUCUUCUCCGCAUAAAAAGUUAAUGUUUUGUAAGAGGAUCCAUUUUUUCGGGAUUUCUGUCGGCCUCGUCUCUGACUCGCAACGAAUCCACUCUGUCUACGCGUUGCACCACAGCUCUAUGACCCUUUUCCACGCCUCUCCAAUAACUUCGUGUUAUUCUCAAUUAUUCUUCUUAAGAAUUUCAGACAGUAAACGGCUAUUAAAAGAGGAGUCUCUGUGUGCCAUUUGUUCCAUUUGAGUCAUUUUGGGAAUUGAGUGAUUUUGCCUGUGUUGGGUUCAUCAGGGGUGACCUUUCAACGGAGGAAAAUAUCGGCUGCCGUAAACUUCCGUGGAGGCGCAGAGCGUCGUGUCUCGUCAGGGAAGAGGUAAAAUCCGUGAAAAGAUUCGGUCUUUAGAGAAACUGACACCCAGGAUUCGAAACUUGACACCGCCAAAAUGCUGUAAGAGGCUAUCAAAGUAUCUCAAAUUCUUGCAAGCGAAAUUUCAAGUUUCAGAAACUAUGCCCCAAGUGGAUUCGAAGCAGGAUCUCAAAUCAAACUCUAAGAGAAAUGAGGACUGCAUAAAUAUUUGUCUGAAGUCAAAUUCUUGCAAGCGCAAGUUCAAGUUUUAGAAACUAUGCCGAGAUCUCAAAUCAAACCCUAGCAGAACCAAGAAUAGCGUAAAUAUUUGUGUGAAGUCAAUUGCUAACAGCAACGGCACACGGAGGAUAGUGCUCCAAAAUGCUUUGGCGCUACAGAGAACAAAUUAUGCUUCAGCUUUAUCAAAAAAUCUAUCUACUAACCAGCAACCAGAUGCUUCACACUUUGCUGAGCUCGCCUACAAUUAAGAAGCAGCUCUUCAGCGCGGGGAAAAUCAUCGUCAUCCUGCAGCAGAAAGAAAUGCUUCCAUCUGCAUCUCCAAUUUCUACUUUGACUAGUAUUUACAAUAUAUACUUCCCAUUCAUAUUUUGAAUAUAAAAUACAAGCUGCAGCCUUCCUUC